GUCAAUUAUAGCUUCCACUACUCAAUUCCAGGAACCUAUUAUCAUCAUCAAACCAAAGAAGUUUCCUCUAGUAAUCUCUGUUUAGAAUCCAAUAUAUAUCAUCCUACUCAUAACUCUAGAAAUCCUAAGCAUCUCUUUACUUGAAAACCUCAUCAAAACCAAGUAGCACAACCCGGUUUACAACACUCGAUUCACAGGCGAAAAUCCGAAGCCAUCUAUCAAAAAAGAUUAAACGAAGAUGGUAGCAUCCUUAGAAGCUCUAUUGCCACCACUACUCAUGGCGGUAAUGGUGCUACAUUCACUCAGUGGCUCAGCCGCGGUGGAUACUGAAUUGAACGUGCGAGAAGCGUUAGCGGGAACGAAAAUCCAUCCAAUGUCCGAUUUAGAAAGCUAUCAAGAACUCUCAAAGAGUAGUACUACAGCUGAUGAGUGGAAACUGAAGCUGAAUUUACUUCACAGAGAUCAUAUAACUAAAAACUUAUCCCAUCACCACCACCACCGUCUGAGUGAACGUAUCAAACGAGACGUCAACCGGGUCACUAGCAUAAGUCGCCGCCUUCACAUCACCGAUAAAAUCACCAAAAAUGAUGAGGGUUUCGUAGAGGAAGAAUUUGGUUCACAGGUGGUGUCAGGAAUGGAAUUAGGAAGUGGAGAAUAUCUGGUAAGAAUCGGUGUCGGUAGUCCGGUGCGGAAUCAGUAUAUGGUGAUUGAUUCCGGUAGUGAUCUAAUGUGGGUUCAGUGCCAACCUUGUACUUCUUGUUACCAACAAUCCGACCCGGUUUUCGACCCGUCUGACUCGGCAACGUUCACCGGCGUGUCAUGUGAAUCCACCGUCUGUAACCGUCUCGACGAUCAGAAUUCCGGUUGUGGUCAUUCCGGGAGAUGCCGUUACGAAGUUUCUUACGGUGAUGGGUCCUUCACCACGGGUACUUUAGCCUUGGAAACUCUCACAUUCGGGCCUACUACUGUCAGAAAUGUAGCUAUAGGGUGUGGGCAUAGGAAUCAAGGUAUGUUUGUUGCUGCAGCUGGGUUACUAGGUCUUGGUGGAGGGCCUAUGUCAUUCAUAGGCCAACUCGGAUCCCAAAUCGACCAGGCAUUCGGGUAUUGUCUCGUCAGUCGCGGAGGUACUGGCUCGUACGGUUCAUUAGUUUUCGGGCGUGGUUCCGUUUCAUCAACCUCCGCAACAUGGGUUCCACUUGUGCAAAAUCCGCAAUCCCUCACUUUCUACUAUGUCAGCUUAGUAGGCCUCGGCGUGGGCGGAAUUCGGCUUCCAAUCCCGGAGCAUUUGUUCGAACUGACAGAGUUGGGGGAUGGCGGCGUCAUCAUUGACACAGGAACUGCAGUGACAAGGUUACCAACCCAAGCGUACGAAAUCUUCCGAAACUAUUUCGUUUCCGGCACCGUGGGUCUACCCAGGGUGCCCGGGGCGCAGAUAUUCGAUACUUGCUACGAUCUUUCGGGUUUCGAAAUGGUGAGAGUGCCAACUGUGUCGUUCCACUUCUAUGGUGGGUCAAUAUUGACACUCCCAGCUAGGAAUUUCUUGAUUCCAAUAGAUGAAACGGGGACGUUCUGUUUUGCAUUUGCUCCAUCCAAUCUAGGGGUUUCUAUAAUAGGAAACAUUCAGCAGGAAGGGAUUCAGAUAUCUAUUGAUGGAGAGAAGGGUCUUUUAGGGUUUGGACCCAACACUUGCUAAAUGCUGCUGUAUUUUUUGUUUUGUUUAUGACAAAAGGUGUACGGGUCAAAUUAUUCAACAUUAAUACAGGGAGAGGGGCUUUGAUCUGA